AACAAACAGCAGAAGUUGGAAGCUCAACCAAUUAAAUAAACUCUGACUACACUGAGCUGUCUCCUUCUUCCACCAAAUCUUUGUUGCUGUCUCUUGAAGCUUUCUUAUGACACAAACCUCAGACCCAAUUUCACCUCACAGUUUGGUACAACCUUAGCUUUCUUCACAACAAAUUCAAACACUUCCCCUCUUAUAUUACAUCUGAUCUUCUUCAAUCAUCAAAACACAUAGUCACAUACAUAUCUCUAUAUCUCCUUCUGCUCUGCUUUGGAGCUCAGCUUGCCUUGCCAUGGAACCAAACACCAUGGCCAGCUUCGACGAUGAGCAUCGUCAUUCCUCCUUCUCAGCUAAGAUCUGCAGAGUCUGUAGCGAUGAGGUCAAAGACGACGACAAUGGCCAGAUUUUUGUGGCAUGCCAUGUGUGCGCUUACCCGGUUUGCAAACCUUGCUAUGAAUAUGAGCGUAGCAACGGUAACAAAUGUUGCCCUCAAUGCAACACUCUUUACAAACGCCACAAAGGUUCUCCGAAAAUAGCUGGUGAUGAAGAAGAAAACAAUGGUCUUGGUGAGUCAGAAAAUGAGUUAAAUAUCAAGAACCGCCAUGAUGCUUCCUCUAUUCACCAGAAUUUUGCCUAUGGAUCGGAAAAUGGAGACUACACCAGUAAGCAGCAAUGGCGUCCAAAUGGUCGAGCCUUUUCUUCAACUGGAAGUGUGUUGGGGAACGACUUUGAAGGAGAGAGAGAUGGCUACACAGAUGCAGAGUGGAAAGAGCGAGUAGAUAAAUGGAAAGCGAGGCAAGAGAAGAGAGGUUUAGUGGUAAAGGGAGAGCAAACAAAUGAUCAAGACAAAGAAGAUGAUGAAGAAGAAGAAUACCUAGAUGCUGAAGCAAGACAACCUCUCUGGAGAAAAGUCCCAAUUUCGUCUAGCAAAAUCAGUCCAUACCGAAUCGUGAUCGUUCUUCGUCUUGUAAUCUUAGUUUUCUUCUUCCGUUUCCGUAUCUUGACACCAGCCAAAGACGCAUACCCUCUCUGGCUUAUUUCAGUCAUAUGCGAGAUCUGGUUCGCACUCUCUUGGAUUCUCGAUCAGUUCCCGAAAUGGUUUCCGAUUAACCGAGAAACCUACCUGGACCGUCUCUCGAUGAGAUUUGAACGAGAUGGCGAAAAGAACAAGCUUGCACCGGUUGAUGUGUUUGUCAGUACGGUGGAUCCACUUAAGGAACCUCCGAUAAUCACAGCCAACACUAUUCUUUCAAUCUUAGCCGUCGAUUACCCAGUGAAUAAGGUGAGCUGCUAUGUGUCUGACGACGGUGCAUCGAUGCUCCUGUUCGAUACAUUGUCUGAAACUUCAGAGUUUGCAAGGAGAUGGGUUCCGUUUUGCAAGAAGUACAAUGUUGAACCAAGAGCUCCAGAGUUUUACUUCUCUGAGAAGAUUGAUUACUUGAAGGAUAAAGUCCAAACUACAUUCGUCAAAGAUCGCAGAGCAAUGAAGGUCAGUGACGAAAGCUCUUUACUUUCAAAAUCACACAACAAGAUCUUUCCUUACUUAUCAAUAUUUUUGCAGAGAGAAUAUGAAGAAUUCAAAGUGAGGAUCAAUGCUUUAGUGGCUAAAGCUCAGAAGAAGCCUGAAGAAGGUUGGGUGAUGCAAGAUGGUACACCAUGGCCUGGGAACAACACUCGUGAUCAUCCUGGGAUGAUUCAGGUGUAUCUAGGAAAAGAAGGAGCAUACGACAUUGAUGGUAACGAAUUGCCACGUCUUGUGUAUGUAUCAAGAGAAAAGCGUCCUGGUUAUGCACAUCACAAGAAAGCUGGAGCCAUGAACGCAAUGGUCAGAGUCUCUGCAGUGCUCACAAAUGCUCCAUUCAUGCUCAAUCUUGAUUGUGAUCAUUACAUCAACAACAGUAAAGCCAUAAGAGAAUCAAUGUGCUUCCUAAUGGAUCCACAGCUUGGUAAAAAGCUUUGUUAUGUUCAAUUCCCUCAAAGAUUCGACGGAAUCGAUCACAACGAUCGAUACGCCAACAGAAACAUCGUCUUCUUCGAUAUAAACAUGAGAGGCUUAGAUGGAAUCCAAGGACCAGUCUAUGUAGGAACAGGAUGUGUAUUCAAUAGACCAGCACUAUACGGAUACGAACCACCGGUAUCGGAAAAACGGAAAAAAAUGACCUGUGACUGUUGGCCGUCGUGGCUCUGCUGUUGCUGCGGCGGAGGUAACCGUCAUAACCACAAAUCGAAAUCAUCAGAUCCGUCAAAGAAGAAAUCAGGAAUCAAGAGCUUGUUAUCAAAAUUAAAGAGGAAGAACAAGAAGAAGAGUGAUGAAACUACAUCGACGAAGAUGAGUAGCUAUACCAGGAAGCGAUCGACGGAGGCGAUUUUUGAUUUGGAAGACAUUGAAGAAGGGCUUGAAGGAUACGAUGAGCUUGAGAAAUCGUCGUUGAUGUCGCAGAAGAAUUUUGAGAAGAGAUUUGGGAUGUCACCGGUUUUUAUUGCGUCGACGUUGAUGGAGAACGGAGGCUUGCCGGAGGCGACGAACACGAGCUCGUUGAUCAAAGAAGCGAUUCAUGUUAUUAGCUGUGGUUAUGAAGAGAAGACUGAAUGGGGCAAAGAGAUUGGAUGGAUUUAUGGAUCAGUGACAGAAGAUAUCCUAACAGGAUUCAGAAUGCAUUGUAGAGGUUGGAAAUCAGUUUACUGUAUGCCUAAAAGACCAGCUUUCAAAGGAUCAGCUCCUAUCAAUCUGUCUGAUCGGUUGCACCAAGUGCUUAGAUGGGCACUCGGUUCGGUCGAAAUCUUCUUUAGCCGUCAUUGUCCUUUGUGGUAUGCUUGGGGAGGCAAGCUCAAGAUUCUUGAACGUCUUGCUUACAUCAACACCAUUGUCUAUCCUUUCACUUCUAUUCCUCUUCUUGCUUAUUGUACUAUUCCUGCCGUUUGUCUUCUCACAGGCAAGUUCAUCAUUCCUACGAUCAACAAUUUCGCAAGUAUAUGGUUCCUAGCUCUGUUCUUAUCAAUCAUCGCGACGGCGGUCCUAGAGCUUCGAUGGAGCGGCGUGAGCAUCAAUGACCUCUGGCGUAACGAGCAAUUUUGGGUAAUCGGUGGUGUCUCAGCUCAUCUAUUCGCUGUCUUUCAAGGUCUUCUCAAAGUCCUCUUUGGUGUUGACACUAACUUCACCGUCACGUCAAAAGGAGCAAGUGAUGAAGCUGAUGAGUUUGGAGAUCUUUACCUCUUUAAAUGGACAACUCUUCUCAUCCCUCCGACCACACUCAUUAUCCUCAACAUGGUAGGUGUUGUCGCUGGAGUUUCUGACGCUAUUAACAAUGGAUAUGGUUCUUGGGGACCGCUCUUUGGGAAGCUGUUUUUCGCGUUUUGGGUCAUUGUUCAUCUUUACCCUUUCCUCAAAGGUUUGAUGGGUCGACAAAACCGAACCCCUACGAUCGUUGUGCUUUGGUCUAUCCUCCUCGCGUCUAUCUUCUCGUUGGUUUGGGUUCGGAUUGAUCCGUUCUUGCCCAAACAGACUGGUCCGUUACUGAAACAGUGUGGUGUCGACUGUUAAAUUAGUCACCGCGACUGCGUUUGCGUUUUAGUCGCCAUUUUGCUUGGGCUAUUUUUUUCCGAUUUGGGUGUUUUUUGUUGGAUUUUGAUUAUAUGGAAUUUGUAAGGAGGAAAACAAUUCA